CCCACUCACCAUCAUCCCCCAACACAGACCACCACCACAUCACCACUACAUCCGCCAUUACUGCACCCUUCCAUACCUUCCUCACCUCCCCCACCCCACCUCCCUUUGCAUGGCCGUUGGACUGCUGUCCCACACCGUGUCCGAUCUCUGCCUCGGGAAGCCCGCGCUGAGGUCGCUCCCCGCCUCCGCCACCGUCGGCGACGCCCUCUCCGCCCUCAGGGGCUCCGGCGAGACCUGCCUCAGCGUCUGGAGCUGCGACCACUCCUCGGCCGAUGCUGCUGCGGCGGCCAACCCCGAGGCCGAGUUCGGGUGCAGGUGCGUCGGGAAGGUCUGCAUGGUGGACGUGAUCUGCUACCUCUGCCAGGACGGCCGCCUCUCCUCGCCUUCCUCUGCUCUGAAGGCCCCUCUCGCCGCGAUCUUGCCUAACAUUCCGGGUCUCGUCAUUCAUGUCGACCCUUCUUCCAGCUUGUUAGAAGCGGUUGAUCUCAUCCUGCAAGGAGCACAAAAUCUAGUGGUGCCAAUCGUAACCAGAUUCACCACCAAAACCAGACGGAAACAGCACCAGAAACCCUCGCCGACGCCGACUCUGCACGAUGGCCGCGAGUUCUGCUGGCUCACACAGGAAGACGUCGUCCGCUUCCUCCUCAACUCCAUCGGAGUCUUCUCUCCGAUCCCCGCCCUGUCGAUCGACGAUCUUGGCAUAGUCAGUGCUGACAUUCUGGUCGCGGACUACGAUUCCCCUGCCUCCUCUGCCGUCGGAGCAAUUGCCCGCUCCCUCGCCAACCAGACCUCGGUUGCCGUCAUCGAUGGGGACGGAGUCCUGAUCGGCGAGAUAUCCUCUUUCGCGCUUGCCUCCUGCGACGAGACCGCCGCGGCCGCCAUCGCCACACUCUCCUGCGGCGACCUACUGGCGUACAUUGACUGCGGAUGCCCGCCAGAGGAGCUUGUGAGGACGGUGAAGGCGAGGCUAGAGGAGCGAGGUCUCCAAGCUACGAUCAACGAGUUCGCGAUUUCUCCAGGCAACUCGAACCCCUCGUUGUCGUCGGACGAGGAGUGCGCGGUGACUCCGACAAGCGUGCUGCUACGGAAGCUGGGGAGGUGCAACAGCCGGUUAUUCAGCUACUCGUCACGGCUGGUGAGGAGGUCGGAGGCGAUCGUCUGCAACCCGAAGAGCUCGCUGGUGGCGGUGAUGAUUCAGGCGAUCGCGCACCGGGUGAACUACGUGUGGGUGAUUGAGGACGACUGUAGCUUGAUCGGGAUCGUCACCUUCUACCACAUGCUUGAAGUGCUGAGGGAGCAUUUGGAGAACUUGGCUUGAAGAAGCCUGUGGAAACAAAAUAAAAAAGGUUCUUUUUUUGUUUGUUCUUCCUCUGUGCUUGAGCUUAUCUAUUAUUGUUCUUGAGAGAUAUUAUAAGAUAUUUGGAAAGUGCAAGUGGGUUUUUUGAGCUUUUCGUGUCUUUUUAAUCAUUUUGGGAGGAAGGGCUGAGAAGUUAGGUCUUGGAUUGUAUAAUUUUUGUUAGGACUGUUUGCUUUUCCUGUUGUAAUGGACCCAACUUUUGUUCUUCAUCAAUGUUUUUGGACUUUACAUAA